AUGUUGAUUUUUAUUUGGGACUUCCGCUGGCGGAACAGGCGCGUGUCGCACGAAUCUUCAAUCCCAACGUGUGGAAUGUGAUCUCGGAAAUUUUGUACUCACCAAACGACUUUAAUCUGAAAAGAUUCAUCCUAGAUAGAUUGAAUAAUGGAAGCUUGACGCGGGUUGAGAACACAACACCAUGGCUUAGAUUCAUCGGAUCGAUGACGCUCAACAAUCCCGAAUAUCAUCAAAUGGAGCAGGCGGCUGUAAUGGGAAUCGGAACCGCGCGAGCGAUGGCUUCAAUAUUCGAGCUUCUCCGAACGGAGCAAAUCGUUUCGAAAUCGACACUUGACGAGAUGCUCAGCAAUUAUGAGGUCAGCGACGAUUAUAUCAGCGGUGCGAAGGUGCCACGUGGACAGGGGCUCAUGCUCGCCGAGUUCAAACACAAUGGAGUCGAUGUGAAAUUAUACGGUCACAGCGGCUACGGCGGUCAGAAUAUUCGAACCGACUUCAACAACAACGUGACAAUCGCGUAUAUGAGCAACGGGCUGAAAGUGGGCUUCGGCGACACGGCUAGAACAUACAAGAGGCUGCUGAAUUCUGUAUAUGACGUUGUGCUGCCGUCGGGUUGA